AUGUUCUCUCGUUUGGCUGCUUCUUUUCGACCUCUGGCCGUCGCCAGUCGUCCUAUGACUAACUUGCGUCCUUUACGGUUUUACAGCGUUGCUCGUCCUGAUGCUGAGCAACGAAUUUUGAAGGUUGUUUCUUCUUUCGACAAGAUCCAAGAUCCUAAGAAGGUUACCCCUACUGCUUCUUUUUCCAAUGAUUUGGGAUUGGAUUCUUUAGAUGCCGUUGAAGUUGUGAUGGCCAUUGAAGAGGAAUUUAGCAUCCAAAUUCCAGACAAAGAUGCUGAUGAAAUCACCUCUGUUACUGAUGCUGUCAACUACAUUUCAAAGGCUGCUGAUGCUAAGUAA